AAUUCUUUGCUGAUUAGGAAAACCUGCAAAGCAAUCUGGAUAAGCCAGAAAACUCAGUGCCCCAAUUAAGUAUACCAGUGUGAUAACAAAAAUCUAAUUGGGGCUUAAGUGUGUACAUUGUAAAGGUUAAGGUAGUGCAUCAAAGCAUGGUGGCUCUAUUGUACGCAAAGGUGCUGUGUUAACACUGAAAAGUAGCUUUCCGUUCCUCUUAAACAAUGCUUUUUGUUUUUCUCCUUAGAUCAAUGUUCGAGUUGUUACUAUGGAUGCAGAGCUGGAGUUUGCUAUCCAGCCAAAUACUACAGGCAAACAGCUGUUUGACCAGGUGGUGAAAACAAUAGGCUUGCGAGAAGUGUGGUACUUUGGUCUUCAGUAUGUGGACAACAAAGGGUUCCAGACUUGGCUGAAGCUAGAUAAAAAGGUUUCUGCUCAGGAAAUCAGAAAGGAGAACCCCCUGCAGUUCAGAUUCCGAGCCAAGUUCUUUCCAGAAGAUGUGGCUGAAGAGCUGAUUCAGGACAUCACGCAGAAGCUCUUCUUCCUGCAGGUGAAGGAAGGGAUCCUCAGCGAUGAGAUCUACUGUCCCCCUGAAACAGCAGUUCUCCUUGGCUCCUAUGCCGUGCAGGCCAAGUUUGGAGACUACAGCAAAGAUGUGCACAAGCCUGGAUACCUUAGUUCAGAGCGUCUGAUCCCCCAGAGGGUGAUGGACCAGCACAAACUCUCCAGAGAGCAGUGGGAGGAGCGGAUCCAGGUUUGGCAUGCUGAACACAGCGGCAUGCUCAAAGAGAAUGCCAUGCUGGAAUACCUGAAGAUUGCCCAAGACCUGGAGAUGUAUGGAAUUAACUACUUUGAAAUCAAGAAUAAGAAAGGAACUGACCUCUGGCUGGGGGUCGAUGCCCUGGGGCUCAACAUCUAUGAAAAGGAUGAUAAGUUGACACCAAAGAUUGGUUUCCCUUGGAGUGAAAUCAGAAACAUCUCUUUCAAUGACAAGAAGUUUGUUAUAAAACCUAUUGACAAGAAGGCUCCUGAUUUUGUGUUUUAUGCCCCUCGUCUGAGAAUAAACAAGAGGAUCCUACAGCUCUGCAUGGGCAACCACGAGCUGUAUAUGCGGCGCAGGAAGCCAGACACUAUUGAGGUGCAACAGAUGAAAGCCCAGGCCCGGGAGGAGAAGCACCAGAAGCAAAUGGAAAGGCAACAACUAGAAAAUGAAAAGAAGAAGAGGGAAACAAUUGAGAGGGAGAAAGAACAAAUGCUGAGGGAGAAGGAGGAGCUGCUGUUGAGGCUACAAGAGUACGAAGUGAAGACUCAGAAAGCAGAGAAAGAGCUCUCGGAUCAGAUCCAAAGAGCUGUUCAGCUGGAGGAGGAGAGGCGACGAGCCCAGAUGGAAGCAGAACGCUUGGAAGCCGAUCGUUUGGCUGCUCUCCAGGCCAAGGAAGAGCUGGAAAGACAGGCUAUUGACCAGAUAAAGAGCCAGGAACAGCUGGCUACGGAGCUCGCAGAGUAUACAGCUAAGAUUGCACUCCUUGAGGAGGCCAGGAAGCGUAAAGAGACUGAGGUUGAAGAGUGGCAACUCAGAGCUAAGGAAGCCCAGGAUGAUCUGGUAAAGACGAAGGAGGAGCUACAGUUGGUAAUGACUGCUCCCCCUCCACCACCCCUGCCCGUCUACGAGCCUGUGAACUACCACGUCCACGACAACUUGCAUGACGAAGGCUCCGAGUACUCUGCCUACAGUGCAGAGUUCUCCAGCGAGGGGAUCAGGGAUGACCGCAAUGAGGAGAAACGUAUUACUGAAGCAGAGAAGAAUGAACGUGUACAGAGGCAGUUGAGGACGCUGACAGAUGAGCUGGCCCAGGCUAGAGAUGAAAACAAGAGGACCCACAAUGAUAUUAUCCACUCAGAGAACAUGCGGCAGGGACGCGACAAGUACAAAACACUGCGGCAAAUCCGGCAAGGCAACACCAAGCAGAGGAUUGACGAGUUUGAGGCCAUGUAACAUCAUAUUACAGCAAGGCAGGACUGUGGGAGAGGCAGAUCUUAAUGCUGUGUUC